UACCAUAAAAAACCGGCCAUUGAGUGGGAAGGGCAAUACCUCAUUGAAAGAUACUUGCAGACUCUAGCAACAGGGAAUCCCCUUUCAUUAAUAAAACAUUACACUACAGAGUUCUUUACCACGAGCUCUGAACUAAUACGAGUACAUCCGGCAAAAAGGUAGCACCAUCUUCUUUGUGCACGAUAAACCUUGUCUUCAAAUUGUACAGGGAUAUCUAUUAGUAAUUUGCAUACAGAGCGUUAUAGAUUUUACAGCGAGCUCAGAGGAGGUGACAGAUAAACAUGCUGUUAUUUUGGAGAAAACGAAAGCGUGGUAUUGGAAGGACAUACAGUGACAAUCUGCCUGUUAGUUCACACGAUGGACGAAAGACUUUGAUACUUCUUGUAGUUCUGCAUGUUUACAUUGCGAUCUGUGCCUAUAUAUUCCAGCAAAUCGAGUAUGUGGAAGCAAAAGAAGAAAGGCCAAAUUUGAAAAGCAUUGCUGCGAAUUUAUCAAGACGUUUUAAUUACACGGCUAAUCAAUCAAUGGAGCUCAUAAAAAACAUUAUUGCAGCAGCUAAUGCAGAUAGGGCUGUUUAUAUGACGGAUUCAUGGAAAAGCUUCUCCAAAGCGUUUUGGUUCGUAACUAUUCUAUUCACCACAGUAGGUACCGGCCACAUUGUGCCAAUUACGUUCAAAGGACGGCUGAUGGCAAUCAUCACUGCACUUAUAGGUAUUCCACUGUAUGCUCUAUUCUUGAAGCAUUUUGGAGAAUGCAUCCUCUACGCGAAUAAACGAUUGCUAGGAUUAUGCUCUUGCAACAAAUUGAGCCCGGAAGAACAGAAGUGGAAGAACACAAAGAUUGUUCUUGUGGCUUUCUUUGAAAUGAUGAUAAUAAUUUUCACAGGUGCACUUGGGGCCUUUCCGUUUAACUGGACUUAUUUUCAGGGUAUAUACUUCUGUUUCAUAUCGUUGAGCACAGUUGGCUUUGGCGACCUGAUACCGGAUCUUUCUGGUGACAAGGCAUUUUAUGGCAUUGUGUAUAUGUUCUAUAACGUCAUUGGACUAAGUUUUGUCUCUUGUUUUAUAUGUUCUGUUGUAAACGCUAUUGAUGACUUCAAUGCAGUGAGAGCAACGAUGCAGUGGGCGGCUAAGUCACUACGCAUAUCAAACUCGAAUGACAAUAACAAAGACGGGUGUGUUGAGCUUCGUGAAGUUGAUCUUAAGAAACGACAGAAUGAAAAUGACAUUCAUCUUAGCUUCCAAAAUGGUGAAGUAUCAAUAAAUGAUAACAAUAAUAUUUAGCAAUUCAAAAGAUGUUAUUGGUAACCCUACAGAUUUUCAGCGUAAACAGCUAAGCUUCACCGAUAACACCUGCUCUUGGUAAACGGAUAAGCCAUUCUAUGACAAGUAAACAUUCUCAUUCAUUUUCUUAUCAAAGACCCCUAUAAGCCAACCCGUCUAGAUAAGUAUAAGAAUAGUUUAUAUCUUCUGUAUCUUAUUUUAUAUCAUCAACUUAGAGCAGUAGCUUGGAAACCAACAAACAUUGCCCUAAAAAUCUUUGUAGAAAAGCCAACCAUUCGAAAAUAGUAAGAAUUUCCCAAAUAUUUCUAAAUUAUGUUUUCUGUUGUGGUGUAACUUCUUUUGCGAUUUUCGUAGAUUUUUGAUAACGAGAUUUCUUGAUUAUAAAUCAACUUAUGUGAAUAAUGACUUUUUCAGCAUUGUUUAAGAAUAAUGACUAUAUGAUAUCAUAGUCGUUAGGUGAUAUCCAUAGUUGUUAAGUUAUAUACCUGAUUUAUUAACAUAAUAGUAGUGUAAAGCAAGAAGACCUUUGGAAAAACAAUUGAAUUCGAUCUAUGUAUAGUAGAAACCCACAUAAAAGAACCUGUUUUUAUAAGAACCUUGAGACUGAAAUUUAAUCUUUCAAACCCCAUGAUUAAGAACCCCCAGGAGGCUGAAAUCUGAAAGGGUUCUUUCAUAUAUAUAUAGGUAUAUAUAUAUAUAUAUACAACUUGGCUGAAGAUUCUGCACGAUAAGAUGAAACCGGUACCAACAAUGUGUUAUUUCUGCGAUUAAAUCUAUAUUGCAAGUAUAUAUAUAUAUAUUUAUAAAAGCCAACCCGGUAUAUCAACAUCUCCUGAAGAGUGAGUUACUCACGAAACAGGCUUGUAGAGAUAAACCAUGUAGUUUUCCUUUCUUCAAUCUAUGAUAUAUAUUUAUAUAUAUACUCAAUCUGCAGACAGUACUGUUUCGCCCUUGGUGGGCUCAUCAGUGCAGCACAGAGCUUGUCUGAAACACAACCCGAGCUAUGCUGUCAGAGCAACAAGGCAGUUUAAUGGAUUGGUUGUGGGACCCUGCCAGAGUGCUCAAACAGCGCAUGUGCAGUGAGCUUCGCACUCUAUAUAUAUAUAAGAGAAGAGGGUUUUUAGAGUGGUAUUUUAACACUCUAUUCACACUAGCAAAUUAAACCAUCUUAUAGUAAAUCAGGUUAUGGUAUGUUACAUUCUAAUGGGACGAUCUAACAACACAAAUUCGUUUGAUUGGUUGAAAUUAGCAUGAAAUCUGGUUAAAGUGUAUCCGUUAGGAUUCUUGGGGUGAUAAACAUUGUUAACGUGUACAAGGCCUGUACAUAUAUAAGAACCUUGUUAAGAACCUUUUAAUUAGCCUGUUAAUUAAGAACCUAUUUAGGCUGCUAGAAAAAAACCUAGGUUCUUUUAUACGGGUUUCCACUGUAGCACUCAAAACUUCCCAUAUUUCUUUGCACUAUCGAAAGGAAUAAUCGAGGGAAGUCGAGGAUGGGGAAAGAAUCUGAAGGAUUUGAGUGAAAAAACUGAAGCCGAGCUGUGGAGAAAGACGAAGGACCGGGAUGGAUGGAGACAUAUACUGCUACCUUUGAAAAGAGAUUCGCCUAGUUGGCAUUUGAUGAAAUUGAAUGUACCAGGUUUUAUAAACAGGGAUCAAUAUCCAUUUUGGACAUACUUUUUGAACUAAAACUAAGGAAAGAAUCUAGCUUGUAUUUUUGUUUUAUAACACAUCAAUAUUGAGCCCACUACAACGUUCUUGAUAAAUUGAUCAAAAUAAAAUUUAAAUGUCAACAUCAAGUGAUUGUCUGAAGGUAAGAACACUUAAUAUGUCUAGGAAUUUUGAAAGGGAAUCACAAUCUAUGUUUUAUAGUAAAUGGUGCCAAAUAGCAGAAUAUUCCUAGAGUUUUCAACAUAUGUUCUGACAUUUCAUACUCAGACAAAAAGCUUUAGUGGGUUUCAAAAUGUUUGCAUAUUUCAUAGUUACUUCUAGAAAAUAUACUCUUUUUAACUCUCCCCAAAAAACUGCUCUGCAUU